CUUCCUUACGGGCUGCGCAGAAGAGCCUUCCUGUUGGCCAAACCUGUUCGCGAGCGUCCUACCUUUGCAAACACUUGAUACGCGCUCGCUGCAUUUCUCAUCAUCUCAUCUUCAUACAUAUGUACGAAACGACUUUAGAUCGGCACCGACACAAGCUGUCCGUUAAAGGAAGCGUGCGUGCACCAUGUAGCGAAGCCAAAGCUUACAGGAGGCACGGGCUUCUUAGCAGUUCUGUAGCCAUACGGCAGGUCUGAGGAACCAGCUCAACCCCGGUCCAGUCGCACUCGCGCCAACCGCAGCAGGCCCGGCGGGCCAACCCCCGAGGGCCCCAAAGCGCUGGGCCAUGCUGCUGCUGCUCUCGCCCCUCCCGCUGCCAGCCCUUCGCACCUCUCGCCAUCUUCCUCUUUAAUCCUGUGGCGAUGCGGAAGCAGCCCGCAAGCAAGCAGCCGCAGGCAGGUGCAGCAGCAGCAGCACCACAGGAGGAGUGGCCCUCGCUGGCAGCUUCCGCACAGCACGCCGCUGCCUCUCGGUUCAGCUCCGCGGCUGCUGCCGGUCCGCUUUCCCAGCACGGCCAAAGCAGUAUCAGGAGUGCUGCUACAGCCGGUACCAGCGCCGCUACAGCCGGUACCAGUGCUGCUGCUGCUGCUGCUGCUGCUGCUGCUGCUACAGCCGGUGGCGGAGCAGGCCCUGCUGGGGUUGGGGCGGGGACGCGGGCGCCUCGGCGUGCACCCACCGCCGACUACCAGCACCCAGCCCAGCCCCAAAUCCAAGCACAGCCCCAACCCCAGCCUCAUCCUUAUCAGUAUCUUUACAUGCAUUAUUACCCCGGCUUGCUGGCUGCGCCUCCGCCGCCGCUGCCACCCAUGCACCAGCCUCAGCAACAGCCUCAGCAACCACCUCAGCAACCACCUCAGCAGCAGCAGCAACACCACAUGCCGUCGCCGCGCGAUCACAUCGGAAUGCAAAUGAUGAUGCACCACCAGCAGCAACUCCUGGCGCACCACCACCAACAGCAGCUGCAGUGGCUGCACCAACACCACCACCAACAGCUGGAGCAGCAGCAGCAGCAGCAGCGGCAGCAGCAACAGCUGCAGCAGCGACAGGAGCAGCAACGACAGGAGCAGCAGCAGCAGCAAUUGAUGCCGCCUGUGCAGCCGCCAGGGAUGCUGCUGCCAGGGAUGCAGCCGCAACCAGGCAUGAUGCUGCAACCAGGCAUGAUGCUGCAACCAGGCAUGAUGCUGCAACCAGGCAUGAUGCCAGCACAGCCGCCAUCGCCAGCGGGCAUGUCGUACCCCUACCCCUACCCCUACCCCUACCCAUACGGCGAGCUGCCCUUCGGAAUGCCACCGUACGAAAUGCCUCUGUACGGGGCGCUACCGUACGGAAUGCCUCUGUACGGGGCGCCACCGUACGGAAUGCCUCUGUACGGGGCGCCACCGUACAGAAUGCCGCUGUACGGGGCGUCACCGUACGGUGCGCCGCCAGAUGGUCCACUGGCUCUUGUGAUGCCGCCGGGCGCGGCCAGCAUUGGUGGCGGCGGCGGCGUUGGUGGUGGCGUUGGUGGUGACGGUGGCGGCGGCGGUGGCGGCGGCGUUGGUGUUGGCGUUGGCGGCGGCGGCGGCGGCGGCGGCGGCGCGCCACCCAUGCACGCUGGUGGCCGCGGCGGCGGGGAAGUGCAUGGCUGGGUAAAUCGUGGCGGCAUGCCGGGUCCGCUGCCGCCAUUGAUGCCACAACAGGCGCCACCAGAAAUGGUGCACGCACAGCCGCUGCAGUACCCGCUGCAGUACCCGCUGCAGUACCCGCUCCCUGUGCCGUACGGGAUGGUGAUGCCGCCGCCGCCGGGUGCCGCACCCGUUCUCCGGCCGCCGUACACCCAGCAGCCGUACGAGUUGCCAUACGGAGCAAUGCCGUACGGGCCGGUGCCGAAUGGAAUGCCGUACAGCCCGCUACAGCAGCCUCCUCCCGUGAUGCAAAUGGGCAGCGGCGGUUCCGCUGGUGGCGGCGGCCCUCCUUCAGAGUACGUUGGCGGCGGGAGUGGGCCGCCGUCACUGUACAGCGGUGGCGGCGGCGGCAGUGGCCCAACGCCAGUGUACGGCAUGGUUCCGCGGGGUCCGUACGGCCCACAACUGCCCGGCGGAGCGCUGACUGCCGCCGCCGCCGCCGCCGCCACCGCCGCCGCCACCGCUGCCACCUCCACCGCCAUUGCCUCUGAUUCCGCACCGCCGCCCCCCAGCUCGCCGCCAUCACCGCCGCCGCCGCCGCCGCCGCCGUCAUCCGAAGGCGCGCCGCCGCCGCUGGUGGUCCCGCUGCCGGCGGCGGUGGCUCGAUGGGCGGCGGCGGGCGGCGUUGAACGGCUGCAGGCCGCGCUGCUGUCGUCGUCAUCCGGCUCCUCCUCAGCUGCGGCGGCGGCUGCAGCGGGCCCACGGUCCACAGCCCUAGCGCUGGCCUCGGGCCCGGGCAACAACCGUGGCAGUAGCAGUGACAUCGGCGGCGGCGGCGGCGGCGGCGGCGGCUUCGGCGGCGGCGGCGGCGGCUUCGGCGGCGGCGGCGGCGGCGCUCCUCCAGCGGGGCUGGAGAUUUCCGGCGACGUGGACUUUGGGGUGGUUGCGAUUGGCGGGCCCGUGGCGGCGCCGCAGGCUGUAGCAACGUCACCAGAAGACAGUGGCGGCAGUAGCAGAAGCGGCAAGGGCGGGGUUGGCAGUGGCAGUAGCAGCGGCGGUGCUAGCACACAGCCCGCCGCCACAAAGGCGGUUGCGCGGUUCCGUGUGCGCAACGCGAGGUGGGCGCCGGCGCUGCUGCUGCACGUCCGACUGGCGCCGCCCUUUGGGCACUGCCUCAGGCUAAUGGAUGACGCCGGACUCGUGGCUGCUACAACCAAGCCCAAGCCCGCUGCUGCUACAGCCGCUCUCGCGUCCGCUGCUGCUACAGCCGGCGGCCGGGGUGCUGGCAGCGGCGGCGGCGGCGGCGGCGGUGGCGGUGGCGGCGGCUGUAGCAGCGGCGGCGGUGUGGCGGUGCUGCUACUGCCUGGGUCGGAGUACGUGUUGCGAGUGGAGCUGGAUGUGGCGCAGGCAAACUUCGCGGGCCGCAAGUCCGAGCGCGGCCUGCUGCGGCAGCUGCUACUGCUCACCUGCCUCCUGGACCUCAGCCCGCUAGAGCUGCAGCAGCUGCUGCUACAGCCACUGCCACUGCCGCCACAUCUGCUACAGCCACUGCCACCGCCACAGUUGCUACAGCCACAGCUGCUACAGCCGCAGCUGCUCCUGCCGCCGGGCAUGCAGCUACUGCCCGCGCCUGCCGCCGGUGCGGGUGCCGGUGCGGGUGCCGCCGACAGUGCUACAGCCUCUGAUAAUGAGACGGCUAUUGGUGCUGCUGCUACUGCUGCUGUUGCUGCUGCUACUGCCGAUGCGAACGCGGCCCGUACACAUGACCGCGUCUGGUGCGGCUUGGCACUCGCCGCGGCGGCUGCGGCAGCGGCAGCGGCGGCAGCGGCGGAGGAAAAAGAGGAGGAGGGCGGCGAUGGCAACGAGCGGCUACUGCCACCGCCGCCGCCGCCGCCGACAGGGGCAGCAGUAGCAGCAGCACCAGCAGCAGGAGCCGGGGAGGGGAAGGCAGUAGCGGAGGCGACCAAGGCAGCGCUGGCGGCUGUGGCCCAAGAGGCGGCGGCGGCGGGCGUUCUCGGCAGUAGCAGCAGUAGCGGCAGUAACAGUGGCAGUAGCAGGGAAGGCGUCAUUUGCAGUAGCAGCACCAUCCUCAGCCGAUGGUGGAGAGGGGCUGGCAAUGGCAAUGGGGGGUUGACGCCGCCGCCGCCGCCGCCGCUGCCGCCGCCGUCGUUGGUGGCGGUUGCCGUUCGCAGCGUGUCAGUUGCGGUGGUUGACCGGAAGCGGUUGAUGGAAGUCAACGGUCUGUUGAAACCAACCGCCGUGCCGUUCAUUCCGUUGGCGCUCAGGACGCUAUUCACCACGCCGCCCGCACGCCUGUGCGUGUGCCCCGUCCCGCUGGCCUCCGCGCUCUUCCCGCCGCCCCCCACCUACCCCAUCCUCAGCCCCCCGCGCGCUGCCGGCCUGCCAUACUGCCCGCCCGCGCUGCCCGGCCCGGCGCUGGCGGCGGCGCCGCCCGCCUUCGCCGCCGCCAGGGCGCUCGUACAAGCACUGGCGCUGCUACAGCCGUCGGAGGAGGGGUGGCGGCGGCUGCUACAGCCGCCGCAGGCGGUCAGCCGCUACAGCCGGGCGCUUGGCGCGGUUCGGGGCGGGCCGCUUUUUCGGAUGGCGGCGGAGGCGUUCGCGACCGAAUGUGGGCUGGUGGCGGCAGCGCCGGCGGCGGCGGCGGCGGCGUUGGCGGCGGCGGCGGCGGUUGGUGGCGGCAGCGGCAGUGGCGCUGGCGGCGCUGCCGGGGGCAUGGCGGGGGUGGAAGGGGUGGAGGUUUUGGGGGUGGCUACGGCAGCAGCAGCGGCGCCGCCGGCGGUGGCGGCGUCGGCGUCGGCGGCGGCGGCCUGGGCGAUGGCGGCGGAGGGCGGCGGCGGCGGUGGCGUGGGCGGGCCCGCGUUUGCGCGGCUGCACGGCCUUCUGUCUUUCCUGACACGAGGAGACGUGGCGGGAGGAGUGGGAGGAGGAGGAGUGGGAGGAGGAGGUGUGGAAGGACUGGAGCAGCGAGCAGCAGCGGCAGUGGGGGCGACGGCGGCGGCGGCCGGGGGCGUUGGUAAGCCGGGCGGCCCCGGUGUGAUUGCUACUGCCGGUGGGAUUGGCGGGACGAUGGGGGUUGCGGCGUGUGUCAGUGACAGCUGGGCUCAGCAGCUGCAGCAGACGGCAGGCGCGAUCUUGACAACUGCUGCUGGUCUCGGCAGUAGCGGCAGUAGCAGCGGUGGCGGCGGCGGCAGUAGCGGCGGUGGCGGCGGCGGCAGCAGCAAGACCGCUCGGAAGGAAGCGGCGGCGGCGGCGGAGGCGGGGAGGCUGGGGCGUGUGUGUUUGGACGAGCUGCAGGGGGUGUUUGUCGCCAAUGCCCGGGCGCUGCAGGCACGCCUGGAUCGGUUGCGUCCGCCGCCGCCGCUUCUGACGCCGCCGCUUCCGCCGCCGAAACUGCCGCCGCUGGCAGCGGUGGGAGAGGCGGGAGUGGCGGCGGCGGGAGUGGCGGCGGCGGGAGUGGCGGCUACGGGAGUGGCGGCGGGAGUGGCGGCGGGAGUGGCAACGGCGGAGGGAAUGGCGGCGGCGGGUGUGGCAAUGAGCUCUGCUGCUGCUGAAGCCGGCGCCGGCGAGGCGACGCCCGCCGAACGUCACUGGGCGCACGUGUGCCACCAGGCGCGGGAGCUGCUGCGCUACGGCGCACUGCUGUGUGAGGAGGAGGGCGUGCUGGAGCGGGAUGUAAGGCAGUACAAUCUGUACAACGCCCGAGCCCGUACGGCGCUCUUCGACGACGCCAUGACCUCGUACCGCCUACUCGACGUCUGGCCGCCGCCGCCGCCGCCGCCGCCACAGCAGCAACAGCAACCGCCCAACCAACCAUCAACCGCCAGCGCCGCCGCCGCCGCCGCAGCAGCAGCAGUUGGCGCUGGCGGCGGCGGCGGCGGCGGCACGUCAGCACCAGCAUCAUCACAACUACCAUCAUCACCGCCGCCGCCGGAGCCCAAGCCGUACCGCGGCCACCGACUGGCGAAACUGGCGGCGCAGCACAGCUGUACGGCACUGCCCCUGCCGCCGCCGUGGCGGCCGCCGCCGCCGCCGCCGCCGCCGCCGCCGCCGCCGCGCCAAGGCGUGGUGACCGCCGCUGACGACGCGGCGACCGCCGCUGGCGCGGCGGCGGCGGCGGUGGCGGCGGCGGAACCGCCGCCAGUGGUAACAGCAGCGGAAGCGGCGGCGGCGGCGGCGCGGUGGCUUAGUCAGGAGAUUGCUCUGGUGCCGAAGAUGGUGCAUGUCGUGGCAACAGCCCUGUCGGCUAUUCACGACGUCGCCACGGCUACUGCCGCUCCUGAUGACACGUGGAUUACCAGCAGUAGCGGCAGUACUGCUACUGCCGGCGGCGGCGGCGGCGGCGGCCGUACGGCAUUGCGUGCCGCCAGAGAUGAAGCGGUGGCGCCCAUGCAGAGGCUGUUGGCGUUACAGAGGCAGCUCGCCAGGUGGGUUAAGGCGGCGGCGGCGCCGGAGGAGGUGAAGGAGGAGGCGGCGGCGGCGGCGGAGGUGGAGGCCACGGUGACGUUUGGUGUGGUCAUACCGCCGCCAGCGCGGUUGGCAGUUGGCGGCAUCGCGGCGCUUGUGCUGCAGUCGGUUACGGCGGUUGGCGCUGCGGCCGUGACCGCAUUGGACCUUGGUGCGGAUGCGGCGGCGGCGGCGCUGGCUGCGGAGGGGGUGGCGGCGGCGGGGAAGAUGGCGGCGGCGGCAGCGGCGGCUACGGUGGCGGCGCGGCUGCUACAGGGCUUGAAGGAGUUAGCGGCGGCAGUUGCUCAGCUUACGUCAUUGACGGCGGCGACGGAGCUGGAUUGUGCGGCGGCGGCGGCGCGGGCGGCGGCGGCGGCGGUGGACGAGUGCGCGGCGGCGGCGGCGGGCAGCCCGGCGGCACUGUGGGUGGGCGCGGCGGAUGGCGACGGCGGCGGCUCGUUGGGGCUGCAGGGGGAGGACCCGGCGGCUGUGCUGGAGGCGGUGCGGCGCCAGCGCGGCAGCGGCGAGGCUGUGAUGCGGCUGCGGGCGGCGGCGGCGGUACGGCGCGGCAUGCGGGCGGCGGCGGCGGCGCGGUCGGGUCUGCUGGCGGCGGUGUUCGACGUGCCGGGUCUGGUGGAGGGCCGACCCGCCCUGGUGCCUGGGGACAUCGUGUAUGUGCGGCUGGAGCCGCAACGGCAACACCCACAACAGAAACAACCGCAACAGAAGCAACCGCAACGGCAACAACCGCAGCAACCGUCAAAAGCGCGGAGGGUAAAGGAGGAGGUGGAGGCUGCUGCUCUGGAGGGCGAGGCGGCGCUGGGGGAGACCGAGUUUGCGGGCCAACUGCUGGCGGUUGAUGGCGGUCAGGUCCUUGUGCUCAUGCCGCCCCCCUACUGGGAGGCCCUGUACCAGCGCCACAGCCGCUGCCACGCCGCCGCUGCUACUGCCGCUACCGCUGCUGUCACUGCAGCCGCACCGCUACAGCCGCCGCCGCCGCCGCAGGAGCAGCAGCAGCUGCUGCUACAGCCGCCUCUGGCGCACGUGUGUUUCACCUACGACCGCACCCACUUCGUGCGCAUGCACGACGCCCUGCUGCGGGCGGCGCUGAGGCCGCACGUGCUGCUACUGCCGCCGCCAGCUACAGCUACAGCCACAGCUGCAGCAGCAGCAGUGGUGGCGGCGGGGCCCGUGGCUGUAGCAGCUGCGACUGCUGGGGCGCAGCAGCAGCAACAGCGGCAGAAGCUGUCCGCUGCUACUGCCGCCACUGCCUCCGGAGGCAGCGGUGUUGGCUCGGCGGCAGCAGCUACAGCCGGUCAGCCCAACCACCAUCCCCACCAAACCGCCGCCGACACCUCCGUUGCAGAAGCGGUACGGCUGGCGGCGGCGCUGGUUCCGGUGGGCGGUACGGACCUCAACCCGGAGCAGCGGUUGGCGGUUGGCGCAAUGCUCGUGGCGGGCGCCAACAGAAGCAACGGUGACGGUUACGGCGGUUACGGUUUUGGAGAUGGUUACGGUUACCGCCCGCCGUUUGUGUUGUUUGGGCCGCCGGGCACGGGAAAGACGGUGACGCUUGUGGAGGCAGCACUGCAGAUUCUGGGCGCCAACGGCAUCGGCCCCGCAGCGAUCCACUACGGCAGCGGCCAUGCUACUGCCACUUCCACAUCCACCACUGCUGCUACUGCUGCUACUGCCGCUGCUGCUACCGCUGCUGAUGCCGCUGAUGCCAGCAGUGGCGGCGGGAGCGGUGUUGAUGGGGCUGGCGGCGGCGGCGGGCGUGGCAGGGACGGCGGCGGCGGGCGUGGCAGGAACGCCGCCGAGAACGGGAAUGACGACACGGGCAAUGGCGCAGCUACAGCCGCAGGCGCUACAGCCGCAGGCACCACUGCGCAGGGGGCCAGCGGCAGUAGCAACAGCAACAACGUCUUCCACAUUGUGCGCCGCCCCAGGCCCAGCCUUGCUGCUGCCGCUGCUACUGCCGCUGCCACGGCCCCAGCUACUGCCGCUGCCGCCGCCACGGCCGCCACGACCUCCAAUCCACCGCCGCCGCCGCCGCCGCUGCGGCUGCUGCUGACGGCACCCGCCAACUACAGCGCUGACCUCAUUGCGGCCAGCCUGGCGGUUGCCCUGGGCCCGGCAGCGGGCGAUGGAUUGCUGCUGCGUCUGAAUGACCCACGCCGACGUGUGGUCGAGGCCAAGGCCGACGUGCUGCCGUACUGCCUCUUCGACGACGCCGGCGGCGGCGGCGGCGGUACGGCAGGAGGAGGGGGAGGGGGAGGGGGAGGCAGCGGCACGUUCCGGCUGCCUACUCUGGAGGAGCUGCAGAGGGCCACGGUGGUGGUGAGCAGUUGCAGCAGCGCCGCACUCUUAAUGGAGGGUGAGUUCCUCACCGCCGCCCUGCGGGCCGCCGCUGCGCCGCCGCCCCCUCCAGAUCAGCAUGCUACAGCCGCUGCUGCUGCGGCCGCUGCUACUGCUGCUGCGGCCGCUGCUGCUGGCAAUGCUACAGCCGGCCGCAGCAGCCGCAGCGACAGCAGGUUUGCUACAGCCGCCCCGGCUGCUGCUGCUGCUGCUACAGCCGCGGCCGCCAUGUACGGCUGGCGGGUGGAGUUCUCGCACGUCAUGGUGGAUGAGGCGGGGCAGGCGCAACUGCCGGAGGCGCUCAUCCCGCUGACCCUGCGCGCCGAGGGAGGUGUGGCAAUGCUGUGUGGCGACCCCAAACAACUGGGGCCAGUGGUGCGCAGCGGCACUGCGGCCCGGGCGGGUCUGGGUGUGAGCUUGUUGGAGCAGCUGAUGAGCGCGGCGGCGGUUGAGGGGCCGGGAGGGGAGCUGGAGCGGGCGCGGGCGGCGGCGGCGGCGGUGGAGGGGGCGCUGCGGCGGCGGCAGCGGCGUCAGCAGGGGCGGGGGCAGCAGGAGCGGCAGCAGCAGGGGCGGGGGCAGCAGGAGGGGCGGCAGCAGCAGGGGCGGCAGCAGGGGCAGACAGAGAUGAGCAGCGGUGCGGGGGAUUCCCCGGAGGAGGCAGAGGAAGGGGAACAGGACGAGAGUGUGGCGGCGCCGGCGGCGGCGGCACCCCAACCACUGUCCAACCGCCAACCGCUUCCCAACCGCCAACCGCUGCGGGGCGUCAUGCUGGUCCGCAACUACCGCUCUGCGGCGCCGCUGCUGGACCUGCCCAGUCGCCUGUUCUACGACACGCAGCUCAAGGCGUGUGUGUCUCAGUCCGCCUCUCGCCCGCCCGACUGGGACCUCCUCAUCAGCAGCGGCGGCGGCGGCGGCGGCAAUGGCGGCGGCGGCAAUGGCGGCGGCAAUGGCGGCGGCAACGGCGGCGGCGGCGGCGGCGGCAAUGGCAGCGGCGGCGGCGGUGGUCGUGGCGGCGGCGGUGCCAAUGGCGGCGCCGCCGCCAAGCGCACAACCGCACAGGGAGACGCGGCACGUUUGGAACAAGAGGCCGAGGCGGCGUGCUAUGGAAGGGACGACGAGGAGGAGGAGGAGGAGGAGGGAGGGGAGGAGGCGGAGGAGGAGGAGGGGGAGGAGGCGGGCGGUCCGGCCCUGGCUGCUGCCCCGGCCCAUAUGUUGUUCUACGGGGUGCGGGGGCAGCAGGCUCAGGAGCUGGACGCGCCCUCCUACUUCAACCCAAUGGAGGCGGCGGCGGUUGUGGAUCUGGUGGAUCGCCUCAUACGGGCCUCGUGGGCCGCCGCCGCCACUGCCGCCGCCGCCCGCCAACAACAGCACCAGCAUCAGCAGCCGCAGCAGCCGCCAAAGCAGCCGCCGCCAAAGCAGCAGCGGGGCAGCAGCGUUGGCAAUGGCGGCGGAGGCGGCGGAGAUGGCGAUGGUGGCGGCGGCGAUGGAGGCGGCGGCGGCAGCGGCAGUAGUAGGGGGGCCCCGCUGGUGUUGGAGGGGGUUGUGGUGGGCCAACAGGACAUCGGCAUCAUUGCCACAUACCGCAAACAGGUGUUCAAGCUCCGUCAGCUGUUGCGCGAGAGGGGGCUGGGCGGCGUGCGUGUCGGCACUGUGGACGACUACCAGGGCCAGGAGGAGCGCAUCGUGUUCAUCUCCACAGUCCUCUCCCGUCCCGAGUCCCUGCCGCGAUACCAGCAGCCGCUGCCCCCGGCAGCUACAGCCACCGCUGCUACUGCCACUGCCGGUGCUGCUGCUACUGCCGGCGGGGGUGCCAGUGAGCCGGUGGGGGGGCUGUGGUCGCACCCCAAGCGCUUCAAUGUGGCCAUCACACGCAGCCGCGCGCUGCUGGUGGUGGUGGGGCACCCCGCGGUGCUGCUGGCGGACACAUGCUGGCGGGAGCUGGUGCGGCAGUGCGUGGCCAGGGGUGCGUACCGAGGCGCCGGUGCAGAGCUCAUCCGGAGACAGCUGGCGCCGCCGCCGCCACCUGCCGCCAUCGCCACAACCGCAGCCGGCGGCCGUAACGGUCGCGACCGUAACGGCGGCCCGCAAGCUCACCUGCCGAUGCUGCACAAACAGGGGGCGGCGGCGGCGGCAGCGGUGGCAACGGAUUCCGUUGGUGCGGUUGGUGCGGUUGGAUCAGUCGGCGGCAGCGGUUUCGGUUUGCUGUUCGGCACGUACGAUGACAGCAUGCUGACGGCGCCGACGGCGGUUGGUGAUGACGACACAACCGCCACAACUGCCGCCGCAACUGCCACACCUGCCGCCGUUGCAACUGACACUUGCCGGGCAGCAACAGGAGACGGAGGGGCGGCGACCGAUCCGGCGGCGGGGGGCGGCGCGGGCGGAGGGGGCGGCUGGGAGGGUGUUGGGGAGGGUGAUGGGGAGGCGAGAGGAGGUGGUGCAGGCGGGGGUGCGGGCGGGGGUGUGGGCGGGGAGGCGGAUUGCGACGGUGAAAGUGCAGGUGCAGGUGAUGGUGAUGGUGCAGGUGAAGGUGGGGGUGCAGGUGGGGGUGCAGGUGGGGAUGAGGACCUUGCGGCGCUGGUGGCGGCGAUGGCGGAGAUGGCGGUGCUGGGCAUGGGCUGCCGGGAGCAUGUGUGGCCCUCCGGUCACCCAGCCCCCCACCUUCCGCCCCCCGCCGCCGCCGGCGCCCUCCCGCCGGCCGCCGCAGCCGCCGCCACUCGCGGACUCGGGGCGUACGGCUUCGGCGGCGCGGGCGCAGCGCUGUUUUCAAACCCAGCGGCGGCGGCGGUUGGGGCGGCGGCCGUACCGGCGGGUUACGGUGGUUACGGAUCCAACAACGACUUCUACGGUGACGGUUACGAUGACGAGCUGCCGUUCCGGGUGCAGAUCUAGAACUGAAGCGAAGGUUGCGAGUGGGUUCGGUUGCAAAGAUGGUUGGAAAAGCGAUACAGGAUGCGCAUCGAAGACUGAUGCAGACUGCCAAGUCUUAGUCGCGGACGCGGACGCGGUAGUCAUCAGGACUACGGACUCAGCUGCUGAUUAUGCGUGCUUGGAUGCUCAAGCCUGCAAGGAAGCGAGGAGAUGGGAGCGGGUGGGUGGCGAUUUUGGCUCGCCACCGAUGCACGUGCAGUCAUGCAGCCGUACUCAUUGCAACGGGUCGGGGGCGACGCUGAGGAGGGACAAGUAAGGAUGGUGGGUGCAAGGCAGCGGGUGAACAAGGCAGGAGGAUGUGUGCGAUGGGACAGGGUUUAGGGUUUAGGUUGGCGAGGUCCCGUAGGGUGCAGCUGCAAUUCAGCAGGAGGUUGGUGGUUGCGAUGUGCCGGAAUGUGCCCCGGACCUAGAUGACUGGUUGGAUUGGGUUGGACCGGAUUGGAGGUCAUUGCAUUGCUUUCCACACACGCAAGACAGAGGGACCUAGGGCCUACUGCUCACGACGGGGGCGGGCGAGCAGCUGGGUUGUGUUGAGAGCUUGAGAAUUGAGACUUGCAAUCAAGGUGGCGCUGCCAUGCAUGACUGUCAAGAGAGGAAGGAACACGGGUGACGAAUGAAACGGGCGCUUACUUGCUGGGCCUACUGGGUUCCUCACGCCGCACGACUGCGCGAACAGUGGCACGCACACAGCGCACGUAUUCUGCAUGCUAGUGUCAAAUAUAUUCGUUGAAGCUAUGGCUUCAUCAGCCUCUUUUGUCGGCACACGUGUGUUGGUUCAGGACGACUGCUACUAACGCGCAGCCGCUCGUUGCUUCCUUGCCCACACCUGGUGCAUGCGCGGGUCGCGUGGUGAGGCCGUGAGGGGGUGGCUGGGUGGUGGCUGGGAGGCUGGGAGCCAUGGCCGCGGUGGUGGACUGGUGGGGGGAGAGGGCGAGGGUAGCGUGGCAGUGACCCCACCCGCCCCUCACGCGGGAUAACGGAAGUGGAUGCGCACAACGCCAGAAGAGGCUGUCGGAGCUUGCAGGCAGCACAGGAGGGAACUGCCAUGUUGUGUUCCGUCACGAUCAUGUGCU